AUGCGUCACAAUAAUGUUAUUCCAAAUGUACACUUCCAUAAGAACUAUAAACCUUGGAUAAAGACAUGGUAUAAUCAAGCAGGAAGAAAGAAAAGCCGUAGGAUCUCUCGUCAGAAAUUGAUUGCCAAGUCUGGACUAAGACCAACUGAUCUAUUGCGUCCAAUUGUUCAUUCUCCAACUCAACGUUACAAUAUGAAGGUUAGAUUGGGACGUGGAUUCACUUUGGAAGAACUUUCAGCUUGUGGACUUAAUAAACAGGCAGCAAAAAGUAUAGGCAUUGCUGUAGAUCAUCGUAGGACUAAUUUAUCGGAAGAGAGUUUAAAAACUAAUGUUGCUAGAUUAAAGAAGUAUAUGGAUAGUAUUGUAAUGUUCCCAAGAAGUGGCAAGAAACCAAAGAAAGGUUUUGCAGGGAUCCCAGAUGACUACACAAAAAAAGGAUCUGAUAACUUUAAGAGUGUAAAGGUUGAAGAAGUAUUUCCUUUAAAAUCAAAUUCUCGUAAACAAAAGGCUCACACUAUUACUGUUGAAGAGAGGAGAUUUGCAUCUUAUGUAACAUUACGUAAAGAACUACUUAAAUCUAAGAAUAUUGGCAAGAAGAAUAAACAAAAAGCAUAA